AUGAUCAAGAUAAAUAAAUUGAGAGCUUUAAAUUUAAUCUUUCGCCAAAUGUCUACCAAAAAGAAAACGCAGGAUCCAUCUCUUCCAGCAGAAUAUUUUCGAAUGAGACAAGAAAUGGUCCAAAGUCGUAGAGCUGCUGGUGAAAAUCCUUUUCCACAUAAAUUUGAUGUUGGCAUUUCUCUGGCUAAUUUUAUUGAAAAAUAUGAUUCUGUUUUGACUGAACGAGGAAAAGUUCUUGAAGAUGAAACUGUUAGGGUUGCAGGCCGUGUUUAUCUUAAACGUGAGCAGGGCUCCAAAUUAAUUUUUUAUGAUUUACAUGGAGAAUGCAAAAAAAUUCAAAUUUUGGCUAAUGCAAAAUUCCAUUCUGCCGGCAUUGAUGAUUUUCUUUCUUCUCAUGAUAAAAUUAAACGUGGGGAUAUUAUUGGUGUUGAAGGCCAUCCAUCUCGUUCAAAUUCUGGCGAACUCAGUGUUAUUCCAACUUCUGUUCAAUUGCUAACGCCUUGCUUUAGAAUGCUUCCGAGAACACAUUUUGGUGUCAAAAAUUUGGAAGUUCGUUAUCGAAUGCGUUAUCUUGACCUUAUUGCAAAUCCACAUGUUCGCGAUAAAUUUGUUAUUCGUGCCAAAAUAAUUACUUUCUUGAGAAAUUAUCUGGAUGCUUUGGGAUUUUUGGAAGUAGAAACGCCUUUGAUGAAUCCAAUUGCCGGUGGGGCAACAGCUAAACCUUUUGUUACUUACCAUAAUGAUUUGGAGAUGAGUCUUUAUUUGAGAGUAGCGCCUGAGCUUUAUCAUAAGAUGUUAGUUGUUGGAGGUAUUGAUCGAGUUUACGAAAUUGGACGUCUUUUCCGUAAUGAAUGUAUUGACCAAACCCAUAAUCCUGAAUUUACUUCUUGUGAGUUUUAUAUGGCAUAUGCUGACUAUGAGGAUUUAAUGAAGUUGACUGAGGACUUGUUAUCUAAAAUGGUUCUUAGUCUUCAUGGCACCUAUAAAACUCCGUAUCAUCCAAAUGGACCUGACACAGUGCCUGUAUAUCAAGUCGACUUUACUCCACCAUUUAAACGAGUGAAUAUGUAUGAAGAACUCGGCAAAGUUCUCGGAAUGACUCUUCCAACACCUGACCAACUUUCAACGCCCGAAGCUCGUGAUGUUUUUGAUAAGAUUUGUGUAGAAAAAGGAGUCGAUUGUUCAGUACCACGUACAACUGGACGUUUAUUAGACAAACUUAUUGGAGAAUUUAUUGAGUCGCAGUGUAUUAAUCCUACAUUUCUUGUUGGGCAUCCACAAAUUAUGUGUCCUCUCGCAAAAUGGCACCGUUCAAUUCCUGGGCUUACAGAACGUUUUGAGCUUUUUGCUGUUACCAAAGAAUUGUGCAAUUCCUAUACUGAAUUGAAUGACCCAAUUACUCAACGAGAACUUUUUGAACAACAAGCAAAAUUUAAAGCUGAUGGAGAUGAAGAAGCUCAAUUAGUUGAUGAAAAUUUCUGUACAGCAUUGGAAUAUGGAUUACCACCAACCGCUGGUUGGGGACUUGGCCUUGAUCGAUUAGCGAUGCUUUUAACUGAUAGUCACAAUAUUAAAGAGGUUCUUUUCUUCCCUGCAAUGCGUCCAGAUCCUCGUGGUUUGAUUCAUGAUGACGAAGAAGGUGAAGAAGAGCAGAAGAAUGAAAAAGAACAAGAGAAAGUUGUUAAAAAAGUUAAAAAAGGAGGAAAUAAAGCUGCGAAAGCCACUACCGCCGAAAAUGGAAGCAAAGCAGAAGAAAUUAAUUGA